UUUGGAUCCCUUAUAGCUAUUGAACUCACACGAAUGUUAGAAGCCAAAGGAUUUAUUGGGCGAUUAAUAUUGAUAGAUGGUGCUCCUCAGCAUCUGAAAAUACUUAUACACCAACAUUUGCAUUCGUCAUCGCAGGAAGAAUUAGAAAACAAUAUUUUGCUCAGCGUAAUGAACGCAUAUGUAGCUGUUAAUUGUUCAGAGCUUAAACUUGAAUUAAGAAAAUGCAAUACGUGGGAUGAGAAAGUAAAUGCAUUUUUUAAUGUCCUAUCUCCCGAAUACAGGAACCUAUUUUUGAAAGGACAUCAAAAGAAGGCUAUUCUCUUACUUCAUGGGAGAUUCCAAUCCAUUAUAGCGUAUAACCCAAAACCAAUGCCAUACGUAAAAACACCAAUCACAUUGUUUAAACCGCUCUUUCCGUCUGUACAAAAUGCUCCGUAUGAUUAUGGACUGCAGAAUAUAACUGAAGCAAAAGUAGAUGUUCACACUGUUGAAGGUAAUCAUACCACGAUAUUAGGUGCUAAGGAAAUUUUAAUGGCUAUCAAUGGUGAACUUGAGAAUGGUACAACUUUUAAAGAAAAUUAAUUGGACAUUAAUGAUCUAUUUGGCUUGUGAUUUUUCGAAAUAAAUAUGGUACGUGGAAAUUUAAGUGCGAUUUAAGAUGUUUAAGUUGGAUUGAAGUGCCAAUUAUAACGGAUUAUCAAAAUGAAGAUCUUGUUAGUAUCUAUUAUGCAUCAUUGAAUUUCAAAGACGUGAUGUAGUCAACAGGUAAAAAUAUCGCUGGAAGUAGACAGUAGAAAAGAUAUAGAUUAUCUAAUUGUAUUUGAACUCCGUGGAAUAAAUAUUAAUAGACAUAGAAUUAUGGGAGUUAACUGGAAUAGGUGAACUCAUUAUUUAAAUCAUUAUUAUGUCCUGUCUGCAAAAUAUUAGAAAACGGAAGUAAAUUAAAUAAAUAAUAUUUUCUUAGAUGUUUAUCAAAUUUUUGUCUAUUGAUAGUUUGACUUUGUAUUGAUAUCUAGACUUUUUCUUGGAUUCUACCUGAUAGUCGGAGUUUAGAACAUGCAGCGACAGUACCGUGUAUAUAUUGCAAAUGCAUAGCUACACCUUACAUUAACGGAGGAAUGCAGAAGUAUGAUAAAAUUCUUAUUCAUGCUGAUUCUGGUGAAAUUGGUCAAGCCAACAUCAACUUAGUUCUCCGUGAAGUCUGUGAAGUACUAUGGUCGGUAGAUUAGAAAAACGUGAAUUAAUUAAAAAAACAUUUCCUGAUAUCGAUGAUAAUUAGAUUAGAAAUUCCCGAGAUGCUAACUUCGAGAAAAUGAUUUUUGGAGAAACAGGUGGUGCAGGUGUAGACAUUGUUCUGAAUUCUUUAGUAGAAAAUAAAUUUCAAGCAUCUCUGCAUUGUUUGGCCAAUAAAGGUAAAUUUUUAGAGAUUGGAAAGUUUGACUUAGCGACAAAUAAUGAAAUAAGCUACUGUAUCUUUAUAAAGGGUAUUAGUUUUUAUGGUCUAAUUUUAGAUCAAAUUAUAAAAACAAAUGACGAAAUCGAAAACAAAAUUUAUUUAAUAUUCACCAAACUUAUUAAAAAGAAUGCGAUCAAACCGAUAAUUAGAACAGUCUUUGGCAAAGAUCAAGUAGGGGCAGCACUUAGAAUCAUGGCAGCCGGAAAGCAUAUGGGAAAAGUUGACGGUCGUUGUAUUUAUGUGUUUUAUGUAUUCUAUUUUAUUUUAUGUAUAUACAUAUUUUAUUAUUCGUAGAAAUUGUUUUUGUUUUAAGAAUACAAGUUAUAAUCUGCAGUCUGUCUUAUAUAUCGUAGGUACUGAUAAAGAUCUGGUAAGAAAAUCGUAGAUUCAUUAAAGAAACAUUCCCUAGUAUCGAUGAUAAUCAUAUUGGAAAUUCUCGAGAUACUAGCUUCGAGAAAAUGAUUUUGCAAGAAACCAAUGGUGCAGGUUUAGACAUUGUUCUCAAUUCUUUAUCGGAAGAUAAACUCCAAGCGUCCCUGCGUUGCUUGGCUCAUAGAGGAAGAUUUUUAGAAAUUGGAAAGUUCGACUUUGCGAUAAAUAAUGAAUUAAGCACUAAAAUCUUUUUAAAGGGUAUAAGUUUUCAUGGUGUAAUGUUAGAUCAAAUUAUGAACACAAAUGACGAAGUCAAAAAUGAAAUUUGUUUAAUAUUCAACAAACUUAAGAAGGAGAAUGCGAUUAAGCCGAUAGUUAGGACAAUCUUCGGCAAGGAUCAAGUAGAGAAAGCACUUAGAUUCAUGGCAGCAGGAAAACAUAUGGGGAAAGUAUUGAUAAAAAUUCGUGAAGAAAAUGAACCACUUAAUACACUCAUUUUGGCUGAACCUUUUUAUGUUUUUAUUCCGAACAAAAAUUAUAUUGUUCUUAAUGGUUUAGGAGGGUUCGGCUUGGAACUAAUUGAUUGGUUGAUUAUAAGAAAUGCUCAGAAUAUUAUCAUUACUUCACGAAAUGGCAUAAAGUAUGAUUAUCAAAUAUGAGAAUCGAAUUAUGGAAAUCAUACGGCGUGAGACUCAAGAACCUAGUUUAUCUGUAUGCGUCUAAACGAGAUGUCUGCGAACUUAUUGUAAAAACAGCAAUAAGCAAAUAAAGGUUCAGU